AAGAUAUUUAAAUAUGAAAGGUGAUCACAUAUUUAAUGUAAUAUGUAUAUAGCAAGAAAAUUAUUUUCACCUUGUUACUAACUCUUUACUUCAAUAAGCUAUCAUUCCGUUUCUUGCUGUUUAGCGUAUAUUCCACUAUCACAAAAGCUGUCCCUAUGAAUCCUACUGAAUGAAAUAGCAUUUCUGUCAUCCUAUAGAUGCUGCUUAAAGGCCAUAACAUUAAUUUUGUGUGUUAAUUUUGUGGUUGAUCUCUGUUACAUAUAUCUCAAACAAAUCACUUCAACAGCACUUUUCAAAAUGAUACUCCCAUUUGUUUUUUCUCUUUACAGUCAUCUAGACCCUGCUGAAAGAUUCUAAGAAUGGACAGAAAUAAUAAUGUUAGCAUUGUUCCCAGUAUCACUCAGUUGGAAAAUUUCCUCACUGAACAUAACUCAAAUGUUGUUUGGCUCCUUGUUGCUACAAUUUUGUCCUGUGCCUGGAUUAUUUACCUAACUUAUUACAAUUCCCGAAACAUUGGUUUCAUUUUAACAUUGAUCCUUAACAGAUUACAUAAAAAUGGCUAUAUCCAUAUUGGAUCCUUCUCAUUCUCUGUUCUGUCUGGAAAAAUCAUGGUUCGUGAAAUCUAUUAUAUUACAGAAGAUUACUCCAUUAGAAUCCAAGAUGGAUUUAUUAUAUUUCGUUGGUGGAAGAUGUACAAUCCAAAGCAGAAGCAACAUGAUCCUAAAGCAGAAACAAGAUUAUAUAUCAUGGUGAAUGAUUUUGAAUUUCAUGUCUACAACCGCUCUUAUCUUUAUGCACAACUUCAGGAAUUAUUUGGUUUAGAGCCAACCAUAAUUCCUCCAAAAACAAAGGAUGAAAAACCACGAGAAAAUGGGCAAGAGCAAUCACAUACAAAUCUUGACAGUGUCAAAGCAAAAAGUGAUUCUUCUGACCCCUCAUCUUCAUGGAGAUCUCUUAUUCCCAUAAUUAAAGUCAAUGUUAGCACAGGCCGCUUAGCCUUUGGAAAUCAUUAUCUGCCUCAGACUAUAUGCAUUAACUUUGAUGAUGCUUCCUUAACUUAUACCACAAAGCCACCUUCAAGCCAUCUGGAUCAGUUUAUGCACAUUGUAAAAGGAAAACUGGAAAAUGUGAGAGUUAUGCUUGUUCCAAGUCCAAGAUAUGUUGGUCUUCAAAAUGAUGAGCCUCCAAGAUUAAUGGGCGAAGGUUUUGUUGUGAUGCAGUCAAAUGAUGUUGACAUCUAUUACUAUAUGGAUGAACCAGGUGUUGUACCAGAAGAAACUGAUGAAAGCAAUGAGGGAGAGACAAGUAAUGAAGAUAGCAAAUUGCAAGAUUUACCACCAUGCUGGGGAUUAGAUAUUGUUUGUGGCAAAGGAACAGACUUUAAUUAUGGACCAUGGGCUGACCGGAAAAGGGAUUGUUUGUGGAAAUUUUUUUUCCCACCUGAUUAUCAAGUAAUGAAAGUUACAGAAGUUCCAAUUCCUGGGAAGCUAAGACAGAUCCUUGCUUUUGAGCUACGUAUGAAUAUUAUUGCCGAUGCUACUAUUGACUUGCUCUUUACAAAAAAUAGGGAAACGAAUGCAGUGCAUGUAAAUGUUGGAGCAGGUUCUUACUUGGAAGUUAAUAUUCCCAUGACUGUCACUGAAAAUGGCUACUGUCCCACUAUUAAAGGACAACUUUUACAUAUAGAUGCUACCAGUAGUAUGCAGUUCCGGACUCUCUUAGAAGCAGAAAUGUUAGCUUUUCACAUUAACGCCUUUUAUCCCCGAACAUGGAACAUGCCACAGCUUUGGCAGACUGAAGUUGAAGUAUAUAAAGCUACUUACCACUUCAUAUAUGCUCAAAAAAACUUCUUUACAGACUUGAUUGAAGAUUGGUGUGGUGACAGUUCUCCUGAUAUCUACUCAUUUGUUCCCUUUACAUGGAAUUUUAAAGUGAUGUUUCAUCAGUUUGAAAUGAUUUGGUCUGCAAAUCAGCACAAUUGGAUUGAUUGUUCUACAAAGCAGCAGGAAAAUGUCUAUGUGGCUGCCUGUGGAGAAACAUUAAACAUAGUUUUCUCUUUGCCUUUUCUUGACUUUGUUCCAGUUACAUGCAGUACUAGAUUCUCUUUAAGGGGAGAUGGUCUUGAUGUUCACUUACUUCUUCCUGAUUGCCAUCCUAGUAAAUACUCCCUGUUUAUGUUGGUGAAAGAUUGUCAUCCUAAUAAAUUAAAUCCUGAGUCUUGUGCUCCUGCUGAUAGUCAGAGUGGUCAGAAACUAAGCAAGUCUAAAUGGAGGAAUAUGACUCAAGAAGAGGCUGGCUGGGUUGAAUGCUGGACAAUACCAAGUAUUAUGCUUACAAUUGAUUAUGUGUGGCAUCCAAUUUAUCCCCAGAAGGUUAAGGAACAUUUGAUCCAAUCAUUGUCAGAAAUGGAAGAAACUAUAUUAUCUGCCCAGCGACCAUCACAGAAAAUGGCAGACAGAGGAACAUCUCCUUCAUCCUCUUCCCAUCUUCCGAUUGACCCCUCUGAACUUCCGCCUGACAAGCUUCGUGUAGAACUAGAAGUUUCCCCAGAUUCCCAGAUAACUUUAUAUGGACCACUUUUAAAAGCAUUCCUGUCUAUAAAGGAAAAUUAUUUUGGUGAAGAUGAUAUGUAUACUGAUUUUGAAGAAGUCAUUUCAAGCCCUGUACUUUCUAUGUCAACAUCUUCAAGUUCUGGAUGGACAGCAAUUGGAGUGGAUGCUGACAAAAAAGAGCGUGAUACAUCAGUGAAACAAGUUAAUCCUCUAACUUUACGCCCUUGGGAUAUUACAGUGCUUGUUAAUGUAUACAAAGUUCAUGGACACUUGCCAGUACAUUGCAGCAGUGAUGUCCCAGAAUGUCCUACUGCUUUUCUGGAAAGAUUAUGUUUUGAGAUGAAAAAGGGAUAUAAGGAAACUAUGCUGCAACUUGUAUUAUCACCAUUGAAUAUAUUCUUGAAUGACAGUUAUCAGAGACCUACUGUGGAUGAAGUACUUCGAGAGGGUCAUGUAAGCCUUUCAGGUCUGCAGCUACGUGCCCAUGCUAUGUUCUCAGCAGAAGGUUUGCCUGUGGAUAGUGAUACUUUAGAAUAUGCCUGGUUAAUUGAUAUUCAGACUGGGAGCCUGACAGCCAAAGUUACGGUUCCACAGACUGUGGUUUUUAUGGCCAGAUGAUAAUAUAAAGAAUAAAAGAAGCAAGAACAAAUGUGGUUGUCUUGGUGGCUGUCGGUUUUUUGGUGGCCCUGGAUCAGGAUUAGACUUCUUCAAGUUUGAAGAAUUGACACCAUCAAGUAGCUCUGCUUUUUCAAAUGCAAGUGCAGAAUCAGAUAUGUUUUAUGGGCAGUCUUUACUGCAACCUGGAGAAUGGAUUAUUACUAAAGAACUUCCAAAAAUUCCAGAUGGUAAGGCAAAUGGUGUAAAGACAAAAGAAUGGGAAUGCCGAAUUGUAGGUACAGAAUCUGGAAGAAAAUCCCAGCAAUUAAAUUUACAAGUACCUCUGCGAUCUCAUAGUUCUUCAUCGUCUUCAGAAGAGAAUAGUAGUUCUAGUGCUGCACUUCCCUUGCUUGCAGGUGAUAGGGAAAGCCCUUCUUCUGCCAUGGAAGACCACUUAGGACAAAAGGGGCUCUUGACAGGUUCAAAAAAAGAAGAGGCCCAUGGAAGUAAUAUAGCAGAAGGAUCAGCAAAUAGCCCAGUAUCUCCUAAUCUACAAGAAAAGCCCGUUGGACAAUCUCCUCUUAGAUCUCCUUUGAAACGGCAAGAAUCAGUAUGUUCUGGUCGACUUGGAAGCACCAAAAGUCUUACUGCAGCUUUCUAUGGUGAUAAGCAGCCUGUUCCAGUCGGAGUACAGUUCAGCAGUGAUGUUUCCCGUAGUGAUGAAAAUGUCUUAGAUUCUCCAAAGCAAAGAAGAAGUUUUGGUUCUUUUCCUUAUACACCUUCUGCAGACUCAAAUUCAUUUCAUCAGUAUCGUUCUAUGGACUCCAGCAUGUCAAUGGCUGAUAGUGAAGCCUACUUCUCGGCUGCUGAGGACUUUGAACCCAUCAGUAGUGAUGAAGGCCCUGGAACCUAUCCCGGAAGGAAAAAGAAGAGAAAACAAGCCAAACAAAUUGAUUAUGGGAGGGGAUCAAUGUAUCACAGUGUAGAAGGACCACUUACUGCUACCUUUCAAGGAGAAACUAGUCAAGAUACAAAAACUCUGCCAAUAAAAAUGCAUCCCUCUCAAGCUUCAUUUGUCUCUGCUUUGGGAGGAGAGGAUGAUCUGGUUGAACAUAUAUAUAUCAUAGAAACUGAGAAGGCUCCUGAGAAUGAACAAAUCACUUCCCAGCAGCCUUUAAUGAACUGCUACCAAAGCUACCUCACUCAGUACCAAGUGAUUAACUGGUCAAUAAAACAUCCAACAAAUAAAAGGACCUCCAAAUCAUCUUUACAUAGACCAUUAGAUCUUGACACUCCAACUAGUGAAGAAAGUUCCUCAUAUUUUGAGCAGCUUUCUGUUCCAAUUUUUAAGCACUCCAUAUACUCCUUUGGAAAAGAAAAUCCUUGAUAACACAGAUGAUGAAACAAUAACAGAGGAAUGGACUCUUGAUCAUCCAGUUUGUCAGACCAGAACAACAGCUAUCGUUGAAGUAAAAGGAACUGUGGAUAUAGUUCUUAGUCCUCUUGUAGCAGAGGUUUUAGACAGGUAUAUAGAAGCAAUGGUGCACUGUGCAAGCACACGUCAUGCAGCAGCCAUUGUGGAUGAUUUGCAUUGUAAGGUUCUCAGAGAAGCUGUCCAGAAUAAAAAAACAACAUUUUCAGAAAAUCUGUCUUCUAAACAGGAUGUGAGAGGAACAAAAAUUGAAACCCCGGCUACUGGAACAACUCAAGUAAAGACGCAAGCGAAUGUUUCUCUUAAACAAGACAAUGUGACUAUUAAAGGCCUACAAGCCAAUGUUACAGUACCUAAGGUAAAUUUAUGCUUACUUCAAGCAUCAAUUGAAGAAUCAUCGGGGACAGCCACAGCCAAAAAUGUAACUCAUGUUUCUUUAGUGGCUUUGUGCUUUGACAGGAUUGCCACACAAGUCCGUAUGAACAGAGGUGUGGUUGAAGAGAAUACAAAUAGUACAGAAACUAGGAGAGGUUCUGUAACUUUUGAGAAGUAUGUCCAUUCCAAUAAAAUGCAGCCCCAAUCCUCUGGCUCUCUACGAUCAAAUGCUGGAGCAGAAAAAGGAAAAGAAAUUGCAGCUAAACUUAAUAUUCAUCGUAUUCAUGGGCAACUCAGAGGCUUAGAUACUUCAGAUAUGGGAAUCUGUGCAAUAACAGCCAUUCCAUUUGAAAAAUCAAAAGUUCUUUUCACUUUGGAAGAGUUGGAUGAUUUUUCUUUUGUAGAUGAAACUGAUCAUCAGGUAGUUCAAGAUGUAACACGAAUUGGGCCUAGCCAAGAAAAAUGGGGCUGGAUAAUGUUUGAAUGUGGAAUUGAAAAUCUGACAAUAAAAGGUGGUAGGCAAUGUGGUGCUGUAUUAUAUAACGCAUUUGGGAAUAUAGGUAAAUCUGGAGGUACCGACAGAGGUGGAUUUCUUGCAUCCAAUAAUUCUUCAGAUUCUCCCACUGGCAGUGGUUACAAUACUGAUGUGUCUGAAGAAAUUCUCCACCGUGAUUGCGUUAGUGCUGGUUCUGAUACUCGUUCAAAUUCAGUUUCAGAUGAGCAAGAUGAAGGGGUUGAAUCUGAUGAACUAAAAAAGGAUAAUCCUUUAAGGCCACCCCCACCUGAUUCUUGCAGCAUGAAACUGACAAUCAAAGAAAUCUGGUUCAGUUUUGCAGCUCCAACAAAUAUUCGUUCACAUGCCCAUAUAUUUUCAAGGCAACUGAAUCUUCUGAGUACUGCAACUCCAGCCAUUGGGGCUUGGCUUGUUCCAAUUGAUCAAGUAAAGUCUUCUUUAAACAAAUUAGAAACAGAGGGAACCUUGCGUGUUUGUGCUGUCAUGGGAUGUAUAAUGACAGAAGCCUUAGAAAAUAAAAGUGUACACUUUCCUUUGAGAAGCAAGUACAACAAGCUCACAAGAUUAUCUCGUUAUCUACAAGAAAACCCUUCCUGUCUGCUGUGCAAUAUACUUCACCAUUAUCUUCAUCAAGCAACUUUUUCCAUUAUUGAAGAAGCAACCAUGAGUGAUGGCCUUCCUGCUCUGGUGACAUUAAAAAAAGGUCUCAUUGCAUUAGCAAGGCAGUGGAUGAAGUUCAUUGUGGUGACCCCAGCCUUCAAAGGUGUAGGUUUACACAGACCAGCUCAGCCAAUAAAACUCCAGUCAACUGUACAACAGGAACAAGAAGAUGGUUUAGGUUUGGACAAUGUGGGAGGACUUCAAAGUGACACAAGCGCCGAUGGAGCAGAAUUUGAGUUUGAUGCAGCUACUGUCAGUGAACAUACGAUGCUUCUGGAAGGAAGUAGUACACGCCCCCCACCUGCUGCUGGGCCUGUAACUGGUGCUGAGAUUAUGAGGAAAUUAUCAAAGACUCAUACUCAUAGUGAUUCUGGCCUUAAAAUAAAGGGUAUUCAUCCAUAUCAUUCUCUGAGCUAUACCAGUGGAGAUACAGCUACAGACUCACCAAUGCAUGUUGGUCGUUCUGGGCUACUUGUUAAAGAAAGUCCAAGAAAAGAGAGUUUACUUAGCUAUUUGACUGGAAGUUUUCCUAGUCUACAUAAUCUUUUGGAGGGGACUCCUCAAAAAAAUACCACCGCCCCCAAAAGUAGCUCUUUAACAAGAACAGCAAACACCAUGCAAUCCGAAAUUCUAUCAGAACAUCCAUUAUUAUCAGAACCAUCUGUGAGUUUUUAUAACUGGAUGUCAAAUGCAGUUGGCAAUAGAGGAAAUACGGCUCAAGAAUCUCCUGUCACCAAAACUGGUCACAACAGUCUUCCAGCAGGUGUAGCUCCAAAUCUUCCAACUAUACCAUCAGCAUCUGACUUCAAUACAGUAAUGUCUAGUGACCAAAACACAUUGGAUGGAACACAUUCACAGCACAGUACUAGCCAAGAUGAUAUUGUUGGUAUUGAGGAGGCAAACCAGGGAUUCCCUGCUGUUCAACUUGCUGAUGCACAGGUUGUUUUCAAACCCCUUCUGAGCCACACAGGAAUUCAGUCUCAGGAUGUAGUACCAUUGUGCUAUAGGAUGUACUUUGGUGAACAUCUUUCAUUCUCAGGAACUCUGGAUUGCCUUAGGGCAGACAUUGUUGAUUCAGAUACAGCAAAGGAGAGAAGAAGCAAAAGAGCACAAAGGCAAGGAUUAGUAAAUCUUCCUCCACUUGAAUUCAAACCAGCAUUAAUGUUGGAAACUUUUAGUAUUAGUGCUGUUAUAAUGGAGAAGUCGGUGAAUACACCUCAAAAUUCUACCAAUGCUCUUUCUUUUCAUGACUUUAACAAACGUCAUUAUAGCACAUUUCAUUGCAAUUUUACAAUCUCUUGUCAAUCUAUAAGCCAGCAUGUUGAUAUGGCACUUGUUCGACUUAUUCACCAAUUCAGCACCAUGAUAGAUGAUAUUAAAGCUACACAAACAGACAUCAAACUUAGUAGAUAUACAGCUGGCUCAGCUUCUCCAACACCAACCUUUAAAACUCGGAAACACAGAGACUUCCGUUCUUCCGAUUUCAGCCGCAGUUCUCGGGGCAGUCUUAAUGGUGUCAACAGAGUGAACAAUGCAAAAAAUAAACGAUCAAACAGUGAGAACAAUAAAAAAGAAUCUCGGAAUAAAAAUUCACUGGGAAGGGCAGAAAGAAGGACUUCUAAAGUAUCCAGAAAAGGUUCCAGGGAUGUUGUUGACCAUGUCACCAUUCAUAUGGAUGACUCUGAUUCAAUUACAGUGUCGGAACAGAGUGAGCCUUCUGCAGAGUGCUGGCAAAAUAUGUAUAAAUUGUUGAACUUUUAUUCUCUUAUCUCCGAUCCAACAGGGAUUUUAGAAAAAUCUUCUGAAACAUUUUAUCCAGCAGGAAUUCGGAGCCCUACAGAACCUGCAUGCAAAGUUGCAUUUGAAAAUGAACAAGAUAGCAACAGCUUGACCAGGCCUCAGAGAAAACGCAGUUUGGUCACAACUGAACCUCAGCAUGUGACCUUAAUAAUCUUUGGAAUUGGCAUGGUAAAUCGCACACAUCUUGAAGCAGAUAUUGGUGGGCUAACAAUGGAAUCGGAACUGAAGAGAAUCCAUGGUAGCUUCACACUCAAAGAAAAAAUGAAAGAUGUACUUCACCAAAAGAUGACGGAGACAAGUGCUACUGCUCAUAUAGGUGGUGUUAAUAUUGUUCUCCUGGAAGGGAUCACACCAAAUAUCCAGCUGGAGGAUUUUCCUACAUCACCAACAAGCACAGCCAAACAGGAAUUUCUAACUGUGGUGAAAUGUAGUAUUGCCAAAUCGCAAGCUCUUUAUAGUGCCCAAAGAGGAGUGAAAACAAACAAUGCUGCCAUCUUCAAAGUAGGUGCUAUCAGCAUCAACAUUCCUCAGCAUCCAGCUACUCUUCACGGCAUGAUGGUUCGCAGUUCCCAUCAGCUUUCAAAACAAAUAUCAGAUCUCAUCAGACAACCAUCUUCAGUUUCACAACCUCUCAAAGAAGAUAUUGCAACCCCACUACCUGCAGAAAAAACACCUACAAGUGUAAACCAGACACCAGUGGAAACAAAUGAAUUUCCGCAAUUGCCAGAAGGUUUGGAAAAGAAGCCGAUAGUUCUUAAAUUCAGUGCCAUGAUUGAUGGAAUUGCUAUUGGGGCAGCACUUUUGCCUUCGUUGAAAGCGGAGUACAAAAUGGGAAGAAUGCGAAGUCACGGAAUGACAGGUGCACAAACAAGAUUCACAUUUGAACUUCCAAAUCACAAGUUACGAUUCACUUCCAAAGUGUCUGCCACUGAUAUGUCUACCAUACCUCCUUCAGCUAGUCUCAACCUCCCUCCUGUGACAAUGUCAGGCAAAUAUGUUAUGGAGGAACAUGAUACUUACUCAGAUCAAAUAUGGAGUAUAGAUGAACUGCCAGCUAAGCAGGGUUAUUAUCUCCAGGGAAACUAUUUGCGUUGUGUGGCUGAGGUUGGGUCCUUUGAGCAUAACCUUUCAACAGAUCUUUUGAACCAUUUGGUUUUUGUGCAGAAAGUAUUUAUGAAAGAAGUCAAUGAAGUAAUACAGAAAGUCUCAGGAGGGGAACAACCUAUUCCUCUAUGGAAUGAACAUGAUGGAACAAAUGAUGGAGAAAAACCAAAAAUUCUCCUUUACUCUUUGAGUCUUCAAUUUAAGGGAAUCCAGGUAACAGCUACAACACCAUCAAUGUGGGCUGUACGCUUUGAAACAGGACUGAUAGAACUGGAGCUUUCAAAUAGAAUACAAGCGAAAGCUAUGCCAGGUGGCACCAGUUAUUUGAAGCUUUUUGCUAAAUGCCAAGUGGAUUUAAAUUUGGCUUUAGGACAGAUUGUUAAACAUCAGGUAUAUGAAGAAGCUGGCUCCGACUUCCAUCAAGUUGCUUACUUUAAAACUAGAAUUGGAUUAAGAAAUGCCCUUAGAGAAGAAAUCAGUGGUUCGUCAGAUCGAGAAGCUGUACUUAUCACACUGAACAGGCCAAUAGUUUUUGCUCAGCCUGUGGCCUUUGACAGAGGCAACCCAUACGACUGACCUGGACACUGGCUCUGCAUUAGUCUUGACCAUUGAAAGCACUUUAAUUACUGCCUGCUCCUCAGAAUCUCUGGUCAGCAAAGGCCAUUUUAAAAACUUCUGCAUCCGCUUUGCUGAUGGCUUUGAAACUAGCUGGGAUGAUUGGAAGCCAGAAAUACGAGGAGAUCUCGUGAUGAAUGCAUAGAGUAACAGUGCUGGAACAUGGACUCUUAAUGUGCUGUGGAAGAUGUGUGGCAUUGAUGUACACAUGGAUCCUAACAUUGGGAAAAGAUUAAAUGCUUUAGGAAAUACUCUCACAACUUUGACAGGGGAAGAAGAUUUAGAUGACAUUGCUGAUUUAAACUCCAUUAAUAUAGCUGACCUAUCUGAUGAGGAUGAAAUUGAUACAAUGUCUCCCACUGUUAGCAUGAGAUCAGAUGGUGGUUCUUUAUAUGGAGACAUAUGCAAACUCACUUUGGGGCAGCGGAUUGUAAAUCACCUCUUGGGUUUGAGCCCCAAAAGUCAACGUUACUCUGUUCCUGUAGAAUAUCUGGUGGGAUCAACAGCAAGUUAUACAUCUUAUGCAAACGGUUCACAUUUACAAGUGGGCAGGUCUUGCUCAUGGGGACAUGAGAAUGCUGACUAUCGGAAGCAGGGAUCAUCUAACACUCAGCCUGGAGAGCAAAGAGGAAGAAAGUAUGUGAAGCGCUUAGUUGAUAUCAGGGAGUUGAAUGAACAGGCUAAAGUAAUUGAUGACUUAAAGAAACUGGGUGCAAGUGAAGGAACAAUAAAUCAAGAAAUUCAACGAUACCAACAAUUAGAAUCAGUAGCUGUCAAUGACAUUCGCCGAGAUGUGCGUAAAAAGCUACGCAGAUCAAGUAUGAGGGCAGCAUCUCUGAAAGAUAAAUGGGGCUUAGGAUAUAAACCCAGCUAUAGUCGAUCUAAAGGUAUUUCAACUUCAGGAAGACCACCUCUGAAGAGAAUGGACAGAACAAGGCUUGGGGAAAGUGAAGAAAUUCCAGAAAUUUGUGUUGAAGGGCCAUCUGCUGGGUCCAGAGUAAUUUUCAAUCUACAAGAUAUGUUGAAUGGAACAGGUUUGGGGAUUGCACAACAAUCCAGCUAUCCAGGGGAAGGGUAUUUUCAGUUUCCAGAGGAGACAGAAUUGGAUCUUUUGUCAGUAACUAUUGAUGGUCUAUCCCAUAACUCAUACACUAGUGAAGGAUCAGGCUCAGUAUUCAAUUCACCCCAAACUCCAGCUGUCUUCUCACCAAGCAUUCCUUUCCAGCCUGAAGAAGGAAGACGAGAUGACAGCUUGUCUUCAUCAAGUGAAGAUUCAGAAAAAGAGGAAGAUCAUGAGAGAGAGAGACCAUAUGUUUAUCGGAAAGCACUGUCUGCUGCUCGUAAGAAAGCUACAGGUUUUGCUGCUGUUCACCAACUGUUUACUGAACGUUGGCCAACAUCUCCAGCCAACAGAAGUGUAACUGGAACAACUACUGAGAGGAAUAUUGAUUUUGAACUUGAUGUGAGAGUUGAAAUUGACUGUGGAAAGUGUGUACUUCAUCCAACAACACUCCAGCAAGAACAUGAUGACAUAAGCAUAAGGAGGACCUAUGAUCGCAGUUCCCGAAGUUUAGAUCAAGACUCUCCCUCUAAAAAAAGGAAAUUUCAAACUAACUAUGCAUCAACUACCCACUUACUUGCUGGAAAGAAAGUACCAGCAUCUCUUCAAACAAAGUCUACUGAUGUGGAAACAACAAUAUUUUACAUUCCUGGUGUAGAUGUUAAGCUACAUUACAAUUCUAAGAUGUUAAAAACUGAGUCGCCAAAUACAUCUCGAGGCUCAUCACUUCAAAGAACCUUUUCCAAAGAAUCAAAGUUGUAUAGUAUGAAAGAAGUUAUUCCUCCUACCCGUAUCAAAGCUAAAACCUUACUAACUCCUCAACCUCCACCUAUUCCAUCAGCCAAAGCUAAAGGAAGUGGUGGUGUAAAAACAGCAAAAUUGUAUGCUUGGGUUGCACUUCAGUCUUUGCCUGAGGAAAUGGUGAUUAGCCCUUGCCUGUUGGACUUUCUAGAAAAGGCCCUUGAAACAAUACCUAUAACUCCAAUAGAAAGGAAUUAUACAGCCAUCAGUUCACAAGAUGAAGAUAUUGGGCAAUUUGAUAUGCAAGACCCUUUAGAAGAAUCCACAGCUUCCUUAGUAUCUUCAUCAACAUCAGCAUAUUCUUCUUUCCCUGUUGAUGUAGUGGUAUAUGUAAGAGUUCAGCCUUCACAAAUCAAGUUCAGCUGCUUACCUGUGUCACGGGUAGAAUGCAUGUUGAAACUUCCUUCCCUGGAUCUUGUAUUUUCUUCUAAUCGAGUAGAAUUAGAAACUUUAGGUUCAACUUGCCCUACAGAAAAUUCUUUACAAAGUGGAUCAAAGAUGCCAGUUAAAACUAUCUCACCAGGUUCUUCUCUUGGAUUAGGUAGCCCUUUUGGCAGAACACGGCAUAGUAGCAGCCAAUCAGAUUUGACAGGUUCUAGCAGCAGCUCUUCAGGUUUGAGUUUCACAGCCUGCAUGUCUGAUUUCUCCCUUUAUGUAUUUCAUCCGUAUGGAGCAGGAAAGCAAAAAACCACUGUGGCUGGCUUAUCUUCUGGAACAGGGACUAUAGAUGAAGAACCUUCAUCAGUUACUGGUCGCAAGGAUUCAUUGAGCAUCAACCUUGAGUUUGUAAAAGUUAGCCUAUCAAGAAUAAGGCGUUCAGGAGGUGCUACCUUUUUUGAAAGUCUCUCUGCAAGCAAAUCUGCCAACAAGAUGGAGACUACAUUAAUAAACAUAUCUGCUGUUUGUGAUAUAGGAUCUGCUUCUUUUAAAUAUGACAUGAGGAGACUGAGUGAGAUUCUAGCAUUUCCAAGAGCAUGGUACAGAAGGAGUAUUGCAAGACGUCUCUUUCUAGGUGAUCAAACAAUAAAUAUGCCAGUAACAUCAGGUCCUGGAACCCCAGAUUCUGUUGAAGGGCUGAACCAGCACAUGUCACCUGACUCAUCAAGAAAAGCAUAUUGUAGGACCUGGGAGCAACCAAGUCAGUCUGCUUCAUUUUCCCAUAUGGCUCAGUCACCAAAUGUUUUCAAUGAGCACAGUGCUAAUAGCAAUAUGGCCUGUGGAUCAGGGUCUCAUAACCUAAAAUCCCCUGCUGUUUCAAGAUCCAGAAGUGUAUCAGAUUCUUCAGUCCCUCAGAAAGAUCUUCUGUCAAAAACAUCAACUCCAUUUAAUAAAUCAAAUAAGGCAGGAAGUCAGCAAGUGACACCAUGGGAGACACUGGUUGUAUUUGCUAUAAAUUUGAAACAAUUAAAUGUACAAAUGAAUAUGAGCAACGUGAUGGGAAACACCACGUGGACUACUAGUGGUCUGAAAAGUCAGGGUCGUUUAUCUGUGGGCAGUAACAGGGACCGCGAAAUUAGUAUGUCAGUAGGAUUGGGAAGAUCACAUUUGGAUUCUAGAGGUGGAGUAGUUGGUGGUACCAUAGAUGUUAAUGCCUUGGAGAUGGUGGCUCAUAUUUCAGAACAUCCUAACCAGCAGCCAAGUCACAAAAUUCAGAUUACCAUGGGCUCUACUGAAGCUCGUGUGGAUUACAUGGGAUCUAGUAUUCUAAUGGGCAUUUUCAGUAACGCAGACCUUAAACUACAGGAUGAGUGGAAAGUUAAUCUCUAUAAUACUUUGGAUUCCAGCAUAACUGAUAAGAGUGAGAUAUUUGUCCAUGGUGAUUUAAAAUGGGAUAUUUUUCAAGUCAUGAUUUCCAGAUCAACUACACCAGAUCUCAUCAAAAUAGGAAUGAAGCUUCAAGAAUUCUUUACUCAGCAGUUUGAUACAAGCAAGCGAGCUCUGUCCACAUGGGGGCCUGUUCCAUACUUUCCUUCCAAAACUGUUGCUAAUAAUAUAGAAAAAAGUUCACAGCAGUUACUAGAUGCAGCACAUCAUCGCCACUGGCCAGGAGUUUUAAAGGCGAUGUCGGGGUGCCACAUAUCCUUAUUUCAGUUUCCCUUACCAGAAGAUGGAAAGUUUGGAGGCUCUAUGAGUUUGCAUGGAAAUCACAUGACUUUGGCAUGUUUCCAUGGACCUAAUUUUCGUUCAAAAUCGUGGGCUCUGUUUCAUCUUGAAGAACCUAAUAUUGCAUUUUGGACUGAAGCACAAAAAAUAUGGCAAGAAGGAUCCACUGAACAUUCUACAUACGUUGUGCAAACAUUAGACUUCCAUUUGGGUCACAAUACUAUGGUUACAAAACCAUGUGGUGCCCUACAAAGUCCCAUGGCAACAAUUACUAAAAUAACAAGGAGACGUCAUGAAAACCCACCACAUGGAGUUGCAAGUGUAAAGGAAUGGUUCAAUUAUGUUACAGCUACACGAAAUGAAGAGUUAAACCUUCUCAGAAAUGUUGAUGCAAACAACCCAGAGCAUACUACAACGGUGAAAAGCUCCAGCUUGUUAAGUGGCUUCAGAGGUGGCUCCAGUUAUAAUCAUGAGACUGAAACAAUAUUUGCGUUACCAAGGAUGCAGCUGGAUUUCAAAUCCAUUCAUGUUCAACAACCUCAGGAACCUUUAAUACAGGAUGCCAGUGCCAAGCCAAAGGUAGAAUGCAGUGUAGUAACAGAAUUCACAGAUCACAUAUGUGUAACUAUGGAUGCAGAAUUAAUAAUGUUCCUGCAUGACUUAGUUUCUGCUUAUCUUAAAGAAAAGGAAAAAGCAGUCUUUCCACCUCGUGCUCUGUUUAGUCGGCCAGGACAAAAAAGCCCCAUCAGUGUACUUGAUGAGAGCACUACUGAAAAAGAAUUGGAACAAAAUGUUACUUAUACAACUGUGGAUUGGAGAGAAUUUAUCUGUAAUACUUGGCAUUUGGAGCCCACAUUGAGGUUAAUCUCUUGGACUGGAAGAAAGAUUGAUCCUGUUGGUGUGGAUUAUAUUCUUCAGAAGCUUGGUUUCCAUCAUGCAAGAACCACUAUUCCUAAGUGGCUUCAACGUGGAGUCAUGGAUCCCUUGGAUAAAGUUUUGUCAGUUCUCAUAAAAAAACUUGGCACUGCAUUACAGGAUGAAAAAGAAAAGAAAGGAAAAGACAAGGAAGAUCACUAAAAAUCCUAGUAUUAGGAUGGCAAACAGAGACUUUUUAAAAUCAUUUGUUUUAUGGUAUGGUUACUGUAUAAUUUUAAAACAAUUUACACUGAAAGAACCUAACAGCUUUUUUGCUGCUAUAUUUAAAACUUCAUCAAUAUGAUGAAUAACUUAUUUUGAAAGAUGAUGCCAUUUUGUGUUCAGUCUAGCACUGCAUGACUAAUGUUGUGAAGAAAACUAUGAAAGAACUGUUUGAUAUUUACAACUAUAUUGUGUGCAAUAUUCUGCAUCAGUUGUAUGUUUGUUAUACUUGAAAUAAAAAUUAAUAUGUCAAUAUAA